CACACAAUCGCCGACACGUACCUGAACACUUCCGGAAAACCCUACUUUCCUUUUGUAGUAUAUAUAUACAGUACAGGUGGAGAAAUUGAAUAUUAGUGGACAAAGAGUCUAGGUCAUAUAGCUAGCUAGUAUUGCGGACAGGAUGAAGGCUUUUCUUGCCGUUUUUCUUUUCUGUGGCAGUGUAGGUCUGGUAGCCUGUCAAGGUGAUACCAUGGGCUUGACUGGUUGUUCUGAACCGGGUCUCGGCUGGGAGGAUCCAAUUUCGUCCGAGUUUUUGUAUUCGUUCGCAACUCAAGAAAACGCUGCAGAUGAAACUGGAUGGGAUUACACCGUGAAUUGUAGCGACCUAAGCUAUGUCGGCAGAGCCCAGUGGGGAGGCACGACACCAAAAGAUUUUAAAAACAUGGAAAAGUCUUCAGUAAGCAUUGUCUUUAUCCAUCAUACGGUUCAAAGACACUGCACCACGGAAUCUGAAUGUAAGAAGGCCGUAGUGAAGGUAGAAGAUCUCCACCAAAAAAGUUUAGGCUGGGAUGACAUUGGAUACAACUUUCUUGCUGGCGAGGAUGGCAGAAUAUACCAGGCACGGGGCUGGAAUCGUGUCGGAGCACACACCCCGGGUUUCAACAAAAUCGCAAUCUCUAUUGGAGCUAUGGGGAACUACAUGCUUCAAGCUCCUGAUCAGAAACUUCUGGAUGCCAUACAGGCCCAUAUUGAAUGUGGAGUCGCUUCAGGCAAAUUGACUCCGGAUUACAAGUUGUAUGGUCACAGGGAUGCCACCAAUACACAGUCUCCUGGGGAUUUCCUUUAUGACGUCAUCAAAACAUGGCCUCAUUUUGACCAGGACACCCCCCGACCGAUAAAACCUCCGAUGUUGUAAUCCCAAUAACAUUUUGUUCUGCCUACAGAUAAAUACUCAAUACUCUACGUUUAUGAAUUUCUUAAAUUUACUGCAGCGUAUUUUUACCGUUUUUAUUUUUCACGUACUGCAGUACAAAAGAGAACAAUUUUUAACCAUUUUAUGCCCCUGAAUAAAAUUAAGCUGUGAAGCGGUCUUAAAAUUUUGGUCACUAUAGAUAACACACAUUUAAUACUCAUGACGCACAUGUCAAAAAAAUCAAGCGUGUCAUCAUGAUGUGGUCUACACCAUCAGCAAAAAUGGACACAGUACAAUUAUUUUAUAUACAUUAUUUGUAUCUUUAUCUCGCAGUACAAACUUUGUUCAGAGUUGUCGUUCCUUACGCUCACUUUACAGCUUAAGUAAAUUUAGGAAGGGCAACUGAUGAUAGUUUCUCGGUGUAGUAAGGAGGGGCUAGGUUGAACCAAUAUCCAGGCAACUUUUGCAGGUUUUAUUUCAUUGAUGUGAGCAGUGCACUCAAGUUUUUUACCAACAUUUAUUUCAAUUUAACUGCAUUUAUAGGGGUUAUAAUGCUACAUACAGUUCACUUGCACAUUUCAAUUCCACCAAUUGAAAUUUCAAUUUUGGAUUUUCACAAUAUUGUUCCUACCAUGCCCACAUAAUUCCUCGUACAAUUUUAUCAAACUUUUAUGAAAUUAAACUAAUGAAGUUGUCCAGUUGCACUGUAUUUCCAUUCUGUCAUCUGUAUAUAUAUGGGAGUAAUUCACCUGUUUUUUACUAGUAAGCAAUUCAUUAGACAAAUCUUGUGUAUAUUAUUACCACGAUGGCAUUCUACCCUUUUGAAAAAUUCUUCGCCAAAUCUUGCUCGAAAUGAAGUUUCACCAAGGUAAUCGCUGUAGUUCAAUUUUUUAUCAUUUAUAUAUACAUAUCUAUGGGAUACCUAGCAUUUAUCUUGAACCUUAUAUCAGUGUUCUUCUUUGAAAACAUUUGUGUCAAAACUUUUAUUUCCCUUUGUAUGUAAGAGAUGGUAGCUAAAAGGUUGUGGCUGAUAGUUUUAGCUUGUAACACUACUUACUAACAUGACCCUUGUGUAAACUAACAUAUCUUGCCAUACCAUUACAAGCCUACAAAUUGACACUGGAGUAUUAUGACAUACCGUUCAGCUAAACCAAGUUGUGUUGGAUCCAAGUGUCAGAUUACAUGUACAGGUUUUGCUUAUGUAUACAUGAUUUCUUUCUUUCAACCCAUUUUAUACAAAAAACGUUUAAUAAAAAAUUUCUGAAACAAAACAAAUA